CAGAGCCAGAGUGUGUUCUUUUUAACUAUUGAAAUUUUGAAAGGAAAACACAGUCCCUCAGUUCUUCAUUGGAGCUUGGAAAAUUUGUAGAGUUUCACUUUUUUCCUGCUUUCUCUUUAUCUUCCUUCCUCCUUUUCUCUUCCUUGCUCUUUAUUUACGAGAAUCUGCCCUUUUUCUCAUCCCAUGCUUAGAUCUUAUUUAAUUAAGUUAAUUUAUUUCAAUUAAUAUAAUAAAAAUUCCCAUAAGCUCUCCUCUGCAUCUGCAGCAGCAUGUUUUUGUCAUGUAAUGAACUUCUUCACGAGGACUUGACAGUAUUUUAUUCCUUCUCUUUUAUUGGCCUUUUUGAUUUCCAUCUUUUCAAACUUUGCUGCUUUUCUUUUCUUUUCUUUUUAUUAGAUUUCUUAAAAGUGAAUCAUCAUCACCUAAUUAAGCUACUGAGCUGUAACAGCCAGCCUCUUCUUUUCUUUUUGUCUAAAUGAGCCUUUGUAACGUUUUACUUUUCUUCCUUUCUCUCGCUUUCUCACUCUCUCUAGUCUCCUAGCUUUCUAGCAAAAACCAACUAAUGGGUAGAGCUGCAAAAUGGCUAAAGGGCCUGUUUGGAAUAAAGGACAACGGCAAUAAGGACGUUUCUGAUCGGAGAGACGAUAACCGGUGUAGUACGGCGAGGGACUCAGCUGAGUUAUGUCACAAUCCAGCUACUAUACCUCCUAAUAUUUCUUCAGCUGAGGCAGCUUGGCUAAGAUCAUACUACAACGACAAUGAGAAGGAACAGAACAAGCAUGCCAUAGCAGUGGCAGCAGCCACAGCCGCAGCAGCUGAUGCGGCUGUUGCUGCAGCUCAAGCAGCGGUGGCUGUUGUGAGGCUAACUAGCCAUGGUAGAGGUGCCAUGUUUGGUGGCGGACGGGGGAGGUCGGCUGCUGUCAAGAUUCAAACCGUUUUCAGAGGCUAUUUGGCCAGAAAGGCACUUCGAGCAUUAAAAGGAUUGGUGAAAUUACAAGCCCAUGUUAGAGGAUACUUGGUAAGAAAACAAGCAACUGCAACUCUCCUCAGUAUGCAGGCUCUAAUUAGAGCACAAGCCACCGUCCGUUCUCACAGAGCCAGAAAUCUCACCAUAUCUGACAACCGAAUCGAAAUUCGAGCUCGAAAAUCCAUGGAGAGAUUUGAUGAAACAAGGAGCGAACACGCAGCUUCAAUCCACAGUAGAAGGCUUUCGACAUCAUUAGACGCCACGUUGAUAAAUCCCCAUGAUGAAUCUCCAAAGAUCGUGGAGGUUGAUACAGGAGGUUGCAGGCCAAAACCAAGAUCUCGCAGAAGUAACACCUCAUUUUCAGAUUUCAGCGACGACCCAUUUUAUCAAACACUCUCCUCUCCUCUCCCACCAAGAAUUCCACCUCGUUUAUCGAUGCUCGAUACCCGGAAGUUUCAAGAUUCCGACUGGGCCAUAACCGGCGACGAAUGCAGAUUCUCAACAGCACAAAGCACUCCUCGGUUCGGCGAUUCAAGAGGGUCUAAUGCUCCAGCGACACCUGCUAAGAGUGUUUGUGCAGAUAAUUUUUUUAGGCAGUGCAAGAAUUCUCCUAAUUAUAUGGCUAAUACACAAUCUUCCAAGGCUAAAGUGAGAUCACAGAGCGCUCCGAAGCAGAGGCCUGAGCCUGGGCCGAAGAAGAAGCUGUCGCUUAACGAGUUGAUGGAAUCAAGAAAUAGCAUAAGUGGGGUUCGAAUGCAGAGGUCUGGCUCACAAUCUCAUGAAGCUGUAAAUUUCAGGAAUGCAGUGUUGGGUAAACUUGAUAAGCGCACAGAAUUUGCAAGAGAACCAGAAAGAAAUUACUUGCAGAGAAGGUGGUGAGAGCCAAUGAUGUUGUUGUCGUUGUUUUUUUUUUUUUUUUUUUUUCCUGUAAUUUCAAGUGAUAAAAUAGAAGAAAAAUUUGAAUUUGUGUGCAGAAUUAUUGUAGAAUUUAAGAAUCGAGAUUGCCGUUCUAGUGAUGGAAUCAUGGAAUAUCAAGCUUUCAUCAUCAUCAAUGAAAAAAUCCAAAUGUAGAAUUUGAAAAUUUUCAUAAAAUUAAACAUAUUUUCUGACAAA